ACUCCCAAAACUCACCUUCUCCGAAUAUUCCCACGUAAAUUCCACUCCAAACCCUCUCUCUCUCUCUCUCUUCAAAAGACACGACCAUUUCGGCGUUCCUUUUAUAAAAGGCUUUCUAUUUCAUAAUACCUGAUCAUCAACAUGCAGAUGAUCUGUUGAGACUUUGAAAGCUCUCUUGAACAAGAACAACAAUGGCGGAGUUUGCUAGGGCUAAGCGAGUUACUGACCCGCUCGACGAGAAGGUCAGAGCUCGGCUCGUCGGCGAAGAUCAAACCCAACUCAGUUAUGCCAGCAGCGGCAGCGAGCACUCGACCGGUGACGACUCACCCUGCCUCUCCGAGCUCGUCCACGGUUUCCUCGAGAACGAUUGCGAGGCUGACUCCCGCGAUGACGAUCAUGACUACUCCAAGCGACUCGACUCAGCGUCCGACCUUCGCGGGGAGGUGGAAGAUAUGCUUAGAUCAACGGCCGGAGACAAUGCCGUGGACUCGUACAGAAACUUGCUCGUGGGUCACGUUUCGGAGGCGGCGGUGACGUUCUCGCGGCUGAGAUCGAACCGAAACGCGUUCCGACGAAGCGUGAUGGCGUUUCUGCGUGAGCUGGGCCACAAUGCCGCGAUCUGCAAGACCAAGUGGGACUCCUCAGGGGGGCUCACCGCCGGGAGCUACGAGUUCAUUGACGUGGUCCAACCGGGCUCCUCUACGUGGCACCCCACCCGGUACCUCGUCGACCUCGACUUCGCCGCACAGUUCGAGAUCGCUCGGCCGACAGACCAGUACUCGACGCUUCUACGCUCUCUGCCGAGGGUUUUCGUCGUCCGUAGCGAGGAGCUGAAGAAGGUGGUGAGGGUUAUGUGCAACGUGGUGAAGAGAACGCUGAGGAGCAGGGAGCUCUCCGUUCCUCCGUGGAGGAAGAACCGCUACAUGCAAAACAAGUGGUUCGGACCGUACCGCCGGACCACGAAUCUGGUCCCGGAGAAUACAGUCCGUACAGUUACACUUCCGGUGGGCGGUGCAAAAUGCAAGUUCGUCGGGUUCGACGACCCCGUUUCCGACGUCGGUGUCAGCCACCACGGCUUCCUCGUCCGCACCAGAUGAUGGAGAAGCGCGCACGCGCGUCAUAAUAGCUUUUUCUUUUUUUUUUUUUUGGGGCUUUUGUUUAAAAAUGAGGUUAUGGAAAUGAGAAAUAAUAUACUUACAUUUUCUAUA